AUGCCUAAGGCUACAACCAACUUGGUCACAUCUUGUUCACGUCUCGUCUACCUCCUUAUCUCUCUCCCAUCGAGCCCUCUGCAGCAGGCGUUCACAGCGCUCAAGCCAACCCUUCUCGCGCUCCCAAUCCAGAACAAUGGCUUUGAGCCUGGAGUACCUAUUCCACAGCUCCAACGACACAUUGCUGAACAUGCUCCCCACUCCCUCCUCAAUCUCUGCCAGAAGCGCUGGCGCUGGACGUCCUACGCACCCCACCACCGGACACGAUGGGUCGAAGUGAUCAGCUGGAGGCACCCUGAUUCCCGCCGGUCGUCCUUCUCAUGCUUCGGCGUUUGGACUGCAGUAACUCCAGUCCUUUGGCUUGUGCUCCAGGUCUGCUCGGGCUCUUCUGGGGCGGCGUGCUGGAGAUCAGUCCUCGACAGUGAGGUGCUCAUCGUCGGCUGCUGGAUCUCCACUGGCUUUGACUCGCCUCGAGAUGAAGCUGAGGACUGCUGUGCCACUGGCCGUUUGAUCCCAGCACCUGAGCGACGGCUGUUCAACGCUGGAAGCUUGUCUGUAGGCUGCGAUGCUAGAGGCGAUAUCGAUGUCGAUUUCUGGAUGGUUUUUAAUAUUGAGAGACUGGUAGAUCUUCCCGGCUUUUUCUCAACCACAUCAACCAUGACCACCAGAGUGGUUCCAAGCGUAGCCUAUGCCACCGGCGGUCACUGCGCUGCAUUCCUUGGGAGAUACUUCGGCGAAGGUAAAGGCACUGGAGGACCCGUGACAUGGCUUGCGAGCUGUGGCGAUGGAGAAGGCGACCAUCUCUCCGCGAGAGGAGGGGAGCUCUUCCACGAUAGAGUCUUCUCUUCCAAUGCCAGCUUAGAGGAUCUCAGCGGCCAUGGUCGGCUCGGCGUGUGCAGCUGGGCUGUCCCGGUGCUAGCCACUCUUGGUCUCGGGUCCUUUGUAGGUGUCGAGUGUGGAGUGCCAGCUGGCGAGGAGUCCGGUGUUAUGGCCAUAUCACGUUAUUCUGAAGACGGAGACGUCAGAGAAUUCGGCAUACUUGGGCGUGGCGUCCGACAGGCAGUAUCAGAAAAGCAGAACCCAGAUUUUGAACGCAGGCUUCACUUCUGUACACUUUUCUUCGCGGGUGAGAGCUUGCUCGCACUCGUAGAGUUUUCGAAUUUCUCUAUCUCCCUCCCCAAUACUACACAUCUGAUAAGUUUUCAGGCUGAUUUCGGGGAUCAGAUGUGGCUAUACAUCAAGCUCGAUUCAAUUCGCAAAGUCAACGAGGUUUCUUACCCUCGGCUGGACAAGGACACAAAAAGCACUUCAAUUCCUCCCAAAAAGAACAAAACAUCUUUUCAAAUCACACUCCCAACUCCAUCCCUCCGUCCUUCUGUCUACCCAUUGAUAUUUGGCGAACAGUGGCUGGAGAUGCGGGCACAAAGGAUUGUGUUCUUGAUCAUGCACGACGAGUUGGUAAUGGAAAGGAAAGGCUUGCCAGUAGUUAUUACAGUGUUCGUGAAUGAGCUUGCAUUGCGCAUCUCAACCAAAAAGCAUCAUGUGUCGGUUGGGGACCUCCUCAUUGCCGCCCAAAUCCUCCAUUGCUAUGCUGCGCGAUCUGGCGAGCGGGAAAUGCGCACCUCAAUCAAAAAGCACCAUGCGCCAUUUGCGAUCCUCCUCAUUACCGCCCAACUCCUUCAUGGGAUCGUCACAUCAUCUGGCAAGCUGGAAAUGCGCGCCUCAGCCGAAAAGAAUUUUGUCGCUUGGGUCCGUCUCAUCACAGGCCAGCGCAGUCAUGGCCUCGCCUCGCCACAACUGAGCACCUCAGCCAAAAAGCAUCGAGUCCUCCUUCUUGGCCUCGUCACACCAUCUGGCAAAGUCGCUCUGAACGUUGCUGCGGAACAGGUUCAGCUCAUGUGUGAGAUGGUCAAUCUGACCAUUCAACUUCAUCAUGACGUCCUUGAUGUAAUUCCACCCGUUCGACUCUCGCGAAUCGCUAAGCUCCUCAAUCCUGCCACGUAA